AAUAUACAUGCUUAAGAUCCUCAGAAAAGUGCUGAUGUGCUCUUAUCUGCCUUAUCUCCUUCAAUCUCCUCUUCUUUUCUCGCUCACUACAGGUAUAUGAACGUGGAACUAAUGUUGAGCAGUUUGUGACCCGCUUCCUGUUGAAGGAAUCAGCCAAUCAGAUCCAGUCUCUGCUAAACUCUGUAGAGAGUGCUGUGGAUGCCAUUGAUGAGCAGCAUUCAUCAGUGGGAUCCUACCCCAGUAAGACCAGCCCACGCGUCCCAGAUAGGCGCUAUGAGGUCCCGGUGCCAGAUUAUCCUCCCAACAACAGAGUCAGUUCAAAGGACAGCAUGAGGAACAUCAACACAGGUGCAGCUGUGGAAGUGAGAAAAGAAGGACUUGAGGCACAGAUCAACCGACUGGCUGAGCUGAUUGGACGUUUGGAGAAUAAGACAGUAUGGUUUGACCUACAUCAACGACUAACAGACACUGAUGGCACAACUAGCGCAUCUCUCUACCUGAUCCGCAAGGAGAUGAAAGUUUCCCAGAAGCAGCUGGGAGACUUCUGCGAGGCCCUGAAACAAUACCUGAAGAAUGUGUCUGCUCAGAGAGACUGUUUCCAUGUGACAGCUGUGCGGCUGCCUGACGGCCUUUCCUUUGUGGUGUAUGAGUUCUGGGACGGAGAGGAGGAAUGGAAGAGGCACCUUCAGACUGCAGCUUGCAAGGCUUUCCAGCAUGUGAAAGUGGAUACUCUGUGCCAGCCCGAGGCUGUGUCCGCUGUCGCUGUGCCUGCCGCCUGGUGCAGCUUGAACAGGGACUGAGAAGCGAGCCGGUCCGCGGGUGGAACAUUCCCCCUUAUGGCUGAAAACCUUCUCUUCUUCUCCUCUUCCUCCCUCUCUAUCCCUCUGUCACCGUCCCUGCUAUCUUAACUACCCCCUUUCUCUCUGCGCUCUCCCCACUAUUAUCCCCUCCUCUUUUGUAAUUACUUGUUUACACAGUAUCCAUUUGAUAUUGAGCCAAAUGUAGUGCUGGCAUCAGACGCCAGACACAGUAUCGUUUCCCUCUUCACCCUCCAUUGCAACAUACAGAAACAACAUUAAAACUCCCCAGAGCAUUUGGGAACCUCACCUAGUUGAUUCACAUUUGAAAUAUCAACUUACGGUACAUAAAUAGUCUCUUCUAAGUAAAUGAGGCUGAUUAAUAUUUCAUCCCCAUUCAAACACGCAUCCGCUGCUUUGCAAACAGUUCCCUGUGGUACAACUUCUGAGAAGACAAAAACUGUGCAGCAAAGUAUUUCUACAGCCGUCCAUGGACAAUAGCAUUUCUGUAAUGGUCAUUUGAUACUAGCUAUAGGUUGGUGUUAUAAGUCCUUUGAACCGUAUCUUCAUGACACAUUUGUGUAACACACUGAGUCACGUAAAGAGACAUGAGCAUGACGUAUUCUGCCAGUCAAAGGGCCUACAUUUACAACACACCAAAUAAACAUCUAGUCCAAAAGCACAAUGUACCUGAAGUAUAGAUGAAAUGCUUAUGUAAAUGAGAUUUGCUGAUAGAGAGGAGAGAAUAUCCUGAGUUAUAACAGAAUUAUAUUGAAUAAUUUAUGUUGAUAAUUUCUGAAAGAUAACAUAUGGAUCUAGGAAGAGUGCGUAGCGUUAGAGAGUGACAUUCAAUUAUUAUUCAAUCCAUUUUAUUGCUUCUCUGCAAUUGACCAUUUUGGCAUCAAAUCAUGUCAGUUCUCAGCACAAGCAAAAAAGAUUUUUCAAAGUAGGUCAGACAUUCACAUCUCACAUUUGCUGAUCAGUAACUCAAAGGCUGUUGUAUUUGUGGUUGGCUCAAUGUGUAAACUACUCAAAACCAACACGGCCCAAACUCAAGCAUUCCUUUCCGUUUGCUUUCCCACCAAUCCUGCCUUCUUUUUGGUUUGUUUAUCCCUCACAGUGAGUGCAUGUUACAAAUGAAUGUCCAGUAAAUGAUUUGCCGUAGAAUUUAGCUAUGCUACUUUAAAUGGAUUUUGUGCAUUUCUUAUUUUCUUUUAUAUAACUCCAGGAACGGAACAAAACAUCUAUGUAUGAAAUGAAUAAACCUUACUAUAUGAGCAGUCACUUUUAAUGGCAUUGUUUGAUGAAAUACUACUUCUUAUACCCAUGUAUGUUUCCGUAUACUGGCUUUCUCUCUUAAAAGUGAGUGUAGAGAUUUAUUGCAGGGAUGCAAAGUAUUCUAUUCGUCUGAAAUUUGUUAAAAUUCUAGAUUAUGUAGUGCUGCUAUUCAAUAAAGUUCUGAAAAAGGAUCGGUCAUUGCAUUUA